UCUAAAGCUGGACACUCAGAGAUUUGUGUGAUUUUUUUUAAACAAUAUCGCGCCUCAGACGCUGUAAACGAUGUAGUUUAGUAGACCGUCUGUCGGUACGUGCUGUGUGCGGUGGUCCAAGCCAGCGAGGCUCGCUAGAAGCGCGCUUUAACGGUUUUAAGAGGUGCGGCAAAAAAGAAAGAAAGAGCACAACAACUGAAUUUCGGUCCAUUCUCUGUCCUUUUCUCUGACGGGGCAAACUGCUGGACAGACCCAGAACUCGGGAGACUAACCUAGUGGUUUUCAAGCUUGUUGGUCGAUGGCGUUUUUGGUCAAGAAAAAGAAGUUCAAAUUUCAGACGCACUUUACACUGGAGGAACUGACAGCUGUGCCUUUUGUGAAUGGAGUGCUCUUCUGCAAGAUCAGACUGCUGGAUGGAGGAGACUUUGCCACAUCAUCCUCCAGAGAGGAGGUUCGGGAGAACUCUGUACGAUGGAAGAAGAGGUUUUCCUUUGUGUGUAAAAUGAGUGCCAACGCCAACACUGGUGUGUUGGACCCCUGCAUCUGCAGGGUCUCUGUGAGAAAGGAACUCAAAGGAGGAAAAGCAUAUUCAAAGCUGGGCUUUGCUGAUCUGAACAUGGCGGAGUUUGCUGGCUCAGGCUCCACUGUGCGCUGCUGUUUGCUCGAAGGCUACAACACUAAGAACACCCGACAGGACAACUCCAUCUUAAAGGUGACCAUUGGGAUGACCCUUUUAUCUGCAGACCCAUGUUUUAAAACUCCUUCUAGUGCUGCCAAAUCUAUCUCGGUGCCAGGCCGAGAGCCCUCUCUACAGCUUGACCGUAAAGGAGAGGGCACGGCUGUGGGGCCAGCGCCUCGGCUGACCAAACCCAGACUCUCUAUCCUCAGUUCAGGUCUGCUUGAGGAAGGUGAUCUGAGUCGCUCCAGCACAGAUGAGACCUUCCACACCGGUCACUCCCGUAACUCCAGCUACGCUAGCCAACAAAGCAAGCUGUCAGGCUACAGCACGGAGCACUCCUGCUCAUCCAGCCUUUCGGAUCUGACCCACCGUAGGAACACAUCCACAGGCAGCAGUGUGAGUGCCGACCCCCCCUCAGAAAGUGACAGUCGCCCUGAGAGACCCCAGCGCCCCCCUCGGCCUGUAAUGCCCUCCAACAGACUCAUGAGGAGGAAGCAGGAUUCUGUGGAGAAUCACCCCACCUGGGUUAAUGACACGCGUAUCGAUGCAGACGACAUCGUAGAGAAGAUAGUUCAGAGUCAGGACUUUGCUGACAACAGUAACAAUGAAGACAGCAACCUGCGACUGUUUGUCAGCAGAGAUGGAACUACUGCCUUAAGUGGAAUUCAGCUGGGGAACCGGGUCACUGCUGGAGUGUAUGAACCUGUGGUGAUUGAAAGCCAUUAGAAGAAGCCAUUCACUACUAGAGGAUUUGGACUCCUCUCUCAUUUUUUUUUGUUUGUUUGUUUGUUUGUUUUUCUACACCAUUGGAGGAUAUGUGCCUUUAUGAGACCUUUACAGAGCCCAGAGACACCCAACCACUGCUUUAGUUUGUGUGUCACCUGGUUGUUUAAGGUCACCAGCUCCAUUUUCUAAGGAAUAUUUUGAUUAGGGCUGUGGAAUCGACACUGUCAGGUGUACUGUUUAAACCAAAUUGUGCUUUAAACACGUUAACCACUAUCGCCAAUGACGUUCAUCGCCUGUGGCGCUGUCAUUUUGUGUUUAUGUAUGUGUGCGUGUGUCCUGUUUUUGUACUGUAUGUGGUUGCAGGGUCUGUAAUUGUGGUACACUCAAAACAAUAAAAGGUGCCAAAAAGGGUUCCUUGGAGCGAUGCCAUGGCAGAACCACUUCUGCUUCCAUUAAGUUCAGUUGUGUGAUUUCAAAUGGCUUCUAAGGAACCACCCAUUGAAAAUUCCUGUUCCUGAAAGGGUAUCGAAAGUGGUUCUUCCGUGUUCUGUAUCGCUUCAAAGAAUGUUUUUAGCACAUUUAUUUAUAAGAGUGUAGGGUUUCUGAGUGUGUUCCUUGUAAAUGUCCAGCAGUGUAUUUUGAAAAUCUAUUGUAAACAUUUGUUUUUUUUUUUUUCCAAGUCGCCAUGGGGUAACACCCCCUCCACUCAGUAAACACCAAUGGUAAAUAACCCGGUCCUGGAGGGUCGGAACCUAGCACAGUUUGGUGGUUUCCCUGUUUAGAUUUACCAGCUAAAUCUGGCCUAAAACAGGAAAAUGACCAAACUGUGCUGGCCAUAGGCCACCCAGGACCAAAAGUGAUGACCAUGCCAUACACUAUUUGCCAAUCCCUGCCUAGUCAACACUAAAUAAUAAUGAAUAAGUAUGUUUAUUUGUGCAGUGUUCCUGGAGUACCAGCUGGCCUGAGUACUGUGAGAGGAUUAAUAUCAAGAAUCAGCACAGGUUCUGCCUGAUCUCAGAUCAGCACCCAUGCAUCUUCUUUUGUGGGUUCUAGAUUUUCACAUAUAGAGAAACACCAGUGUUAUGUCUUGACAUCCGAGAUGUCUUGGUAUGCCAUAGUAUCUAUAGCACAUCAGCUGUUUUUGGUCAUCCGUUUAACUAAAGUGUGCCAUACUCAUUUUAUCUCCCAAGUUGUCCGGGUCUUGUCCUGUAACACUACUCUCUCUCCCCACAUAAACCUCACUUUAGAUCCAACUUAUUCUCUGCAAAGGUCCUGCAUUUUCACUACAUACUAGGUUGAAAAAAAACUGCAGUAUUUCUUCAAAGUUAUUUCAAACAUUGAAGUCAGUGGCUGGUCUAAUCUGACUGUUGUUACAGCACUAUGAACAUGAAAUAUUCAAAUUUUUCUUUUAAUUUCUACAGAGGAGUAUAAUUUACUCAGAUCCACACGUGGUGCAGCACUUUGGAUAAAAAAGCCUGGUGUUUUAUGUGAAAUUGCAUAAUUUUAACUGACUUUUGAAGACUUAAAUUUAUUUUUUUUUCUUUUAUUCUUUUAAACCAGCUGGCUGGACAUUUUUCCCUAUAAAAUGGACACUAAAAAGACAUAUUUUUGCAUUCAACUUCAAUUUUAACAAUAGUUUGUCAAAUUUAUGUAGGCAAUUUAAGGUCUCGUGCUUUUGCUCAAGAAGUUUGUUUUUGAUACUGUGACUUGCUUCUCUUAGUGUCUGGUGCUUUUGGUACGGAUUGAGUGCUUGUGGAGUUCUCUUGACCGCUUUGUUCAUACUACAGUUUCUUUUUAGGCAUGGAUCUUCCAUCGAUCGCAUAUAUUUCAGUCACUCAGUCACAAUUACUCCUCAAAUUUUGUCCAUCUUGUCAUCAGGUAAAGGGGAAUUUCAAAAGUUCUUCAUAAUAUAAUCACUAAGAUGUAAACAGUCAUUCAGAGCAGAUUGAGGUGAAAUAGUGCAUCAUGAAGAAGCUUUACAGUGGUGAUGACAGGAACCAGGGGUCACCAUGUCUCUAACUCAAAUAUAGCCAUUUCAUUUGGGAUCCAUGUGUCUUCCGAGUAUUUAGAUAUAAUGUUGAUAAACAUUUAAAAAUACGUCUUAGACCAAAACUUUUUCUCAAAAUGACCACAAACGAUGUUUCAGCCAUCGGGCAGUGUAUUGGUGAUAAUUCAUAUAACAACUCUGUUAUUCUGUUUUUCUUGUAAACUCUUUAACCAUGAUUGGUUCUUCACUUAACUCCUCAGGUGAAAUGACAUUCGUUUAUGCAGCACCAUACGCUGAGUUCUUUAGACUUUGCUUUAAUUUAACUCCUUAAAGGGUUUAGAGCUGUGCAAAAGCCAUGACACAUAAGCUAACAUUUUCUCAAGCUGUGCUAAUGAUAGAUGCAUAACUUAAAGAAAAGAUUUCUACGGUUUUAAUGGAAUUGUAUUUCUGUAUAGCUAUUUUUGUCAGUCUCUCAAAUAUGUUUUUAAUCAAUAAAGUGAAAUCAAUUUCAAAGCA